AUGUGGUUCCGACUCCUCCCUGCGGUGCGCGCGCUUAGUGGGGAUGCCCCGCAGAAUCUUUACGGCGAGUCCUGCCUGCUCCAGGCCGAGCUGGUGAAUUACGAGCGUGUCAAGGAGUACUGCCUCAAAGUGCUUCAGAAGGAAGGCGAGAACUUCAAGGCGCUCUAUCGGUCGGGAGUGGCAUUCUACCACCUGGGUGACUUCAACAAGGCCCUCUACUACCUGAAAGAGGCGAGAUCCCGCCAGCCGACAG